UCCCGCUUGGCUCUCCUGUCACCCCGAAAUUCAGCCUCGUCUCGUGCGACCGGCCUCCGCUGAUGUCCACGGCUUCCGCCAGCACCACCCCCGCGGCUCCCGCGGAUGCCGGUGUCGCCAGCUCCUCGGCGUCGGUCGACGUGGCGGCCCUCCUCCGGGAGAUCACCAUGCGUGGAGAACGCGCCCGACUGGAGGGAGACCUGCUCGUCUUCCCAGCCUCAGCAUCGCCGGAUGGGCGGGAAUUGUCCUUCCCCCGAGCCAUGCCGACCAACUUCCGGCGUCUGUUCGGCCAGCAGGACCCCUACCCCCUGGAUGUGGUGUGGUUCCUGCUGGAGCAUCGGGCCACAGAUACGGUGACUUACACCAAUGAGGCCAAGGUGGCCGGCUUUUCCACGGUUUUCCUGGUCGACCGGACCGACAUCACCAAGUACCUGACCGGGGCCAGUGAGGUGGCCGUUUGCAUGUCGGCCGGGCCGGCUGGAGCUGGGGCUGCUGGCGCUGGCGGCCGCCUCGCUGGUCAGGCUGACACCGGCCCGGCUGCCCUGAAGCGCCGUCGUCAUGACGAGUCCGGCAUGUCGGUCCCUUCGGGCGCGGCCUUCGACUACGGUGAUCCGCAUGGCCUCGAGCGGGUCUUUGUCAAUCGUCACAAUUACCUGCUGUCGGAUUCAACCGGGUCGUUCGAAUCGGUGCAGCAGGUUCUCAAGAGCCUGGAUAGUCAGGCUAAGCAAUCGGCCGCGGCCGCUGGAUCGCGGCAUCCAAGUGCACUUGCCGGGGCCGCUGGGCGCACCGGCAGCAAGGCCCCUGGCGCCCGGCCCGUGGCGGGCGGCUCUUCCGCCACGGCAAGCGGGGCUCCUGGCUCCGGGCGGAGUCGCUCCUCGGGGCACCCGGUGGCCAGGGAUUUGGCCGGAUCCGGCAACUGGCCAGCUGACAAUACCUUCAUCAUUGUGGUUCCCUCUGGCACGUCCGCGCUCCUGACCUUGCAGAACAUCAAGCCCUUCUUCACAGAGAGCAAGUACAUCCCGCAUACGGCCAUCCCGCGAUCGGAGAUCCAGCGCGGCUCCUUCAAGGUCGAGCGCACUCUCGGCCCAGGCGUACGGCCUGGCGCUGCGGGGGCUGCGGGCCCUGGCAAUGCUCCGGGCGCCGCUGGCGGCCGCACUGUGACAUUCAUCUUCAAGGACAACCCCCAGCCUGGGGACUGGGACAAGGUCAUCUGUGUGAUUGCCAAUGGCAAGGAGUGGCAGUGGCGAACGUGGCCCGCCGGCUGGAACACCCCAGCCGACAUUUUCAACCGCUCCCUUGGUCUGUACUUCAACAAUGCGGGCACCCAGUUGGACGACAACUUGAAGCGCUGGAACCUGAAGGUCCUUCAGGUGGAGCGUCCAUCCGGGUCGGGGCAGCAGAUGUCCAACCCCGGCUCCAACCUUGUCCCCCGAUUCUGGGAGUUGAUUGAUGGUGCUCUGAUGCGGCGGUGACGUGUGUGUGUGUGUGUGUG